AUGAACUUACCAUCUGUUUCUUUCCUCAGUUACAAAUAUGAGGAUUACAGGGAGACAGCUGAUUGGUUGCUGUCCCACACUGAGCAGAGGCCUAAAGUAGCCAUUAUCUGUGGCUCUGGCCUCGGUGGUCUUGCUGACCUGCUGGACAACAAGACUGUGUUUCCCUACAAGGACCUCCCACACUUCCCCCACAGCACAGGUCAGACACCAUCCUUAUCAUGCACUCUACCACCUGAAAUUGUACAGCAUCAUGCUGUCUUCAGUUUGUACAUGCAUCAUUACAUCAUCCAGCUCAAUAGCUCAAUAGAAGUUAAAAUGGUCAUUGAUAACUUAUGCAUUUAAUAAUUUAAUGUUAGAUAAGAAAUGUUUACAUGGAUGUUUUGAAAGUUGAAGUAAGAACACCAGUCCUUCACUGUGACCCAGAACCAGACAGUCACCCGAUGGUGGCUGCUGCUUCCUGUCCUUGGGACCUGACUGAAAUAUUUACAUUCAGCAAUUCUAUAAAAAUCCUCCUCCUGUCUUUCUUGUUGCACCACUGAAGUACAAGGACAUGCCAGUCAGCUGGUAUUUGGGGAGCUGCAGGGGAAGCAGUGUGUCUGCAUGCAGGGCCGCUUCCACUUCUACGAGGGCUAUGACGUUGCCACGGUGAGCUCCGCUCUCGACCCACCAGAGCCAUAUCCUCAUUACAUUGGAUUAAUAUUUAAUGAAAAGGUGUAUUGAAAUGCUUGUAUAUCCCAUGAUAAACCUUAAACCUUAUGGGAUGAUAUUUAUUUUUAAAAGCAGCUACUAUAUUCUUUCAAACUAGUAGUGAAGUCCGCAAUGAUACUUCAACAGUUUGCACUUUUAUGAAGAAGUCCCAUUAUGUUAGAAUAAAACAGUUAGUGUCUUUAGUUAGCUUUUGACCUCUGUGAAAGUAGCAUAGCAGGCAACUUGGGUUAACCUUUGACAGUGUGAGUUGAAUUUUCACCUCUAAAUCUUGGGACACUCUUAAAACAUAAUCUGUCUGCACCCUGACCUACUGUAAGCAUUAAGACUAUAAAGGUUUCAAUUUACUUUUUGUGAAAAUGAUUCCAACCUCUAUAGUGAUUAUAGUGUAGUCACCUAGUAAUAAUGAAAACAGUGCAGUUUUGCUGUUGAAAAAUGUCAGCACUGACUGAUCCCUUAUCUCUAGUUCCUCUUUCUCUCCAGGUGACGUACCCGGUGCGAGUGUUCUUCCUGCUGGGGGUGGAGACCUUGAUCGUCACCAAUGCUGCUGGGGGGCUGAACCCCAACUUUAAAGUGGGUGACAUCAUGCUGGUCAAGGAUCACAUCAACAUGCCAGGCUUUGCAGGCCAAAAUCCACUGUGUGGUCACAACGAUGAAAGGUUAGAAUAGCAAUCUUUUGAUCUUUGGAAGGAAGGGUUGUGUUGCAUGUUUCCUCUGUCUGAGGAGGAUGGGCUCCUCUCUGCUGUGUAAAAGGCUCCCCAGAGGUCUCCUCCCACAUUUUCCCAUACAAGGAGCCUGAUUACUGGCAUUUUAUUACAGUAAAGGGCAUGGGUCUUACCCUUGUGGACUCCUUGGAUUGUACUUUGUCCUUUACCUGACAUCGAGGGCCUCUGAAAUGACACAGGACUUUAUGUAAUGCUUCAGGUUUGGAGUCCGUUUUCCCUGCAUGUCGGACGCCUAUGACAAAGACCUUUCUAGACUGGCCAAAGAGACUGCUGAGGAGCAGGGCUGUUCCUCCUUCAUCCAGCAAGGCGUAUACUGCAUGCUGGCAGGUCCCACCUUUGAGACCAUCGCUGAGUGCAGAGCUCUCCAGAAACUAGGCGCAGAUGCUGUGGGUAAGUAUGGUUCAUUGGGUUUUUACCAUGGCCUUCAAAUCUCUCAAUAGCCAUGUCCAUUUCUUCUACAGAAAUGGUAUGAGUGUCUGGAUGAAAAUCAACUCUAUGACCAAACUCAAUGCUUGUCUUCUCUCAUCCUCUGUCUGUGCUCUGUAGGUAUGAGUACAGUCCCUGAGGUGGUGGUGGCCCGUCACUGUGGUCUCCGUGUCUUCGGCCUGUCUCUCAUCACCAACAAGGUGGUCACAGACUACAACAGCCAGGAGAAGAAUAAUAUAUUCCUCUUACUUUAA